UCACUUCGCUGAGCUGCCAUAUUGUUUAGCCCUGUUUUGGACUUUUCUUGAAGGAGAGAAACCUGGGAGAUCGUGGCUGUUUUGGAAUGCUACCGAGACCUUUAUAUUUCCCAAAUCACAGUAGUCAUUUAAGACGUCGAUCCAGAAAUCGUCGGAGUUCACGUCGCCCAAAACCAGAAUACGAACGCAACAUCUUUUCCGCAUUUUUUGCCCUUGCAUCCGCUGUGCUUCUUGCAAUCGCAGAGGCAGAACCAAAAUGGCUUCACAUCGUCAGUGGAAAGUGCGAAGGAAGGUACAUUGGCUUGUACAAAGUCAUUGCAUAUAAACACCCCGAGGAACUGACUUCAUACUGUUACACAAGCACCAUUGUACUUCUCUUACGACUGGUUGUUGCACUAAGUUGUGUGGGAAUUGUGUUUAGCAUGUUUGCCUGUUUGCUGGAUUUGUGUGGCACAUUAAACAGAUGUCUCAAAGUAGUCAAGGAUUAUUCUAUUGGAAAUGUAGUUACAGUUGUGAUGUGUGUUGCUACAAUCAUUAUUGUUUACAUGGUGACAAGGAUACUUGAAGAAGUUGGUGAAGAGGACAGUAGUGAUCCCGCCAAAGUUAAAUUUGAGAUCAGUUUUUGUCUUGUGGUGGCUGCAGGAGGAUCAUCGGUACUGGCAACUGCAUUGAGUUUAGUUAUGCACUGUUAUCUACACCGCAUGAGAGAAAGAACUCAAUCUGAUGAAGAGCUAUCCCUUGAACUGAUGUACUCCAUGGUACCUGCCGACAGUAUCUCAGAUGUUCCACCUCCCGCAUACUCACCCUGAUCACCACAAUUAGUGAACUAACUCUUACAAUGUAGGUAUAAUAAUAUUAGUAGUUAUAUGCAGACAAGGAAGUGAAAUCAGAAAUUCUAACAGGACAUUGAUGUUAGUUUUCAAUUUUCAGAAAAUUUUAAUGACUUCAAUUUUUUCCCAGAAGGCAUUGCAUUUCAACAGCAGGCUAUGUUUCCUUGGUCAUUUAGUGUUUUCAACUGUACCUCAUGUACCAAUCAAUUUGAAGCUUUAAAAUCCCCUAGGGGCCAAUUCGAUACUGGAACUGUCAAGUCUCUCCACCAGAUCACAUGUGUUUUAUCUUUUAAUAUGGAAGUGCUUAAAGGCAGAGAGUUCACUUUCACAAGCAGAUGGCUCAGAAGAAAAGGUCCACAAGAAAAACACUAUACCUGAUCAUGCCUUUCUCCCAAGAAAUUGGUCAUCAAAUCCAACCUUGGGUGGGGCAUUUGAACACCCUAUUUUAGUCUGAAAGGGUGGGGUGGUAAUUUGAACUAACCAAUCUUCAAAAGUUAAAAUGCUUGGGGGCUUUCCUGAGGGGGGGAAGGGUUGGUGGGCUUCAAUUGAUUGAUGUGUUAGUCCAAAUGCUCGAGGGCUUUCUUGGGGGGAGGGGGAGAGGGCUUCAAUUGAUUGAUGUAUUAGCAGGUGGUACAUGUUUGCAAAUCUUGAAUGGAUAUAAGUGUUGAUUUUUAUGGUGAAAAUUACCAGUUUUAGACUUUGUAACUGUUGGUAAGUGCAUGUAUGAGUAAGAAUUUUGAGAUGUUUGGAAAGUACAUCAUUUGAUUUUUGUCUGUGUCCUAAAGUGGAUGAAGGUCAGCUCUGACACAUUUUUUGAUUCCACUUCCUUAGUUUAAAGCAUUUUGAUGAAAGCUGAAAUUUGAAUUUGCCUUUAUAAGGCAUAACUUAAGAAACUUGAUUCUAUGUCAUAGAAAAUAUAGCUGCUCACAUAACACAAAGGCAGUUUUAUAAUCAAUGGUGUUAAAUACAACCUUCCCAGUGUGCACUAAAAUUUUAGUCCUGCAGAAGUUUGGUAACUGUUGCUGAUUCUAGUUUCUUUCAAAAAUUUAUGCAAUGGUAUAAUUACUGUAUUUGACAUUAAUUUUUACAUUAUGAAAGUUUCAAAGUUGUCAUAAGAUUGUAGAAAAUAGGAAGCUGAACACUAAUCAAAAUUCCUUUUGUCAUACUGAUUAUGUUAGGCACUAUAUUUUUAAUGGCAUGGUAUUAAAUACAGUCAUACGACAUUUUCUAGUGUUGUAUCCUCAGAAUGUCUUACUUUUCACUUGUUUUGUAUUGACGUACAUACUUGUCUAAUAUGUGUCUGCCAAAAGUACAGGUUACACAUAUUCCAUUGAAUACCAUGAGAAAGCUAUGCAUAUCUUAUUUGAAGGUUAGCCACAUAUAUAUCAUUACAUUUUGUAAAGUGAUGACACUUUCAACCAAAAAAGCAAAAAUAUUCUCUGCCUUGCCCGCAAAAUAUAGAGAAGAUCAUUCCUUUUUUUUUUUUUUGCAAUGAGGGUUAUAAAAGUGAUGAAACUGGUGAGUUGGAAAAUCUAUCAGGAAAAGUUUGAUGCCAUACAGAAAAAAGAAAAAACGCUAGCAGAAAACUCAUUAAGUGAUUAGCAGCUUUAUGUGAAAUAGCUGCUGAGCAAUUUUAUAUAUUUUUUGGUAAAGCAAAAGAGUUGAAACUCACUAAAAUUUACUUGUAGCAGCUCCAUUUUCUUGUGAUUCCUUGUAGAAGCAAGGAUUUUAAUGGACAAGAUACACUGAAAAGGAAAAAAUGUGACAAUUAUUUGUAGAAAAUUUGAAUCCAUUUGUAAUUCAAGAAAGACUUGGUGUACAGAUGUAGACAUAUAAAGUGAAUUUUAUGGGGGGGCAGUUUUGUCUAUCUUAUUCAGUAGUUUGCAAAUGAAUUGGAUCCAGAUUGUAUUCAAUUUGUAAAAUAACAUUUAGAUGGUUAAGUAAAUUAUUACUUGUCAUGAAUUUAAGAAGUACGGCCAAUCAACUAGCUUUGGAAUAGCAGAGGCCAACUUAGCAUUAGUCGUAACAAUAAUACUUAAAAAUUUAGCAAGGAAUGUAGAUGAGGUGAAAAACCCCUUCACCUCUUCUACACCUUUCUAUUGAGCUUUCAGUUUAAGUUUGUUACAUAUAGCUGAUUUAGAAGUUAUAUGGUGUCUAAAACAAACUGCUUAGUGACUUUCUGGAUCAUAUAAGCCUGUACCUUGAAUGCAGCUUUGCUCUAGUGGACUGCAGGCUUGAGGGCACCAAUUUUGAAGGUGCAUUAGGUGUCUUGGCCAGUAUUGGUUUUAUUGCAUAAUAAUGUAAGCGUUCAUGUCAUGAUAUGUAACCCACAUUCUGUCCUUCAAUGAUCCUUGAAGUUAUCCAAGCCUUUUGGCUUUCCCUGUGGAAGUGUUGUCCCUUUUUUUUGCAUUACAUUUCAGUCUCAUUCAGGCCUUUUGGGUUUUAGGUAAUUGUUCAGCUACAGCACAUAGUAUCUUCACAAAGCUUUGCUGGUUAAAACCUUCUUUCACAUGUUCCACUUCUGCUUGACCAGUGUAUUACGGUAGAUGAUUUGAACAAAAAUCCACUGAGGAAACAUAGUAUUUUAUCUUAUUUCUGGUCAUUUGUUCUCAACUCCCAACAACUUGAACUCUUAUCAGCUCAAAACUUUCUGCUAGUAAUUAGGAAUUCAAGUCAUUUUGUUCAUGUAGAGUAUUAUUUCUGACAUUUUUUAUGGUCAACUGAAACCAUUUAGCCUCUGCCAGUAAAGUUGCUGCUAGCUUGUGCAAUUUUUUAAGUUCAUGACAAAUUCUUGGUUUCCAAGAAAACAACUUUUGUUUGCAUGCUACAAAAUUAUUUUUGUAUGAAAAGAAGACUCCUUUCUUAGCAUUUUCUGAAGUUUGCAGAUCAAGUAUUUGAAAAAUCUGUAUUUUGUUGAAAGGUACAUGAAUGUAAAAAUGGAGAUGCAGUCCAUGAUGAAAAAAAAUUCAUUCUGAAAACAAGACACCUUGAUAAAAAUAUCUCCUUUAAUAAAUUGCAAUUUUAUAGUUGUAGCAUCCAGUAAUAAUGACAUACAUGUUUCUGUACAUAGCUUAAUAAAAAUAAAC